AUGAUUCUCAAAACAUUGAAAAUUGAUCAAUUGGUGCAAGAUUGUAAGACAGCGCUAGACUACAAUACUACAAGUACAUCCAAUGACAACAUUUAUCUGGUGUCACUGUUUAGUAGCGGUUUGUCGACGAACGUGCGAUGUGAUAUGACGACGGACGGAGGGGGGUGGACGGUUAUAAUGAACAGAGAUAAUGGACACCUGAACUUCCAAGAUAAACGAAUGAGCGAUUACGCGAAAGGUUUUGGUGACAUCCGUGGCGAAUUUUGGAUGGGACUUGAAGCCAUGCACAAUUUAACAAGGGCCGGUCGUCACUACCAGUUACGAGUGGAAUUAGUCGAUGCUUCGGGGAGGAAACUCUACCAAGUUUACGAUGACUUCUCUAUUGGUGCAUUCCCAGCUUUUACUCUCUAUGUUGGGGCUAACAGAGGAACAGCAGGCGACUCACUAAGCGUGCACGACGGCUUCGGUUUCUCGUCAAUGCUGCCUAACAUUGACCGCGAUUCCAACGCAGCUAGCUGUGCAGAGUAUCUCCAAGGCAGCUGGUGGUUCCAUAGUUGCGCUGACUCGUGUCUCACGUGCAAAUACUAUAUACCGGGUACUAACAACUGCCGAUCAAUGGCUUGGAACUCUGUCGCAUAUUGCCAGUCUUUACGAGAGGUGAGGAUGAUGGUCCGGCCAAUGUAA